GGUCACACUGCCAGGAACAGCUGUUCGAUUCAAAAAUAAAACAGAAAGACAAAAAAAAAAUGGGCAAACAAGCAAAAAGAUGUGUGCAAAUUGAAUCAUAACAAUCUUUUUUGUGUGCGGCAAUGUGCAGAGCUGAGUACGGAAAAUUAGGAGAUCAGCAUUGGAUUAAAAUUGAUGGCACAUUAAGUGAAAUUAGGUAACGCAACGAAUCCCUCUGGCUGCGGCUGCUGCGGCUGUUGCUUUCGCACACUUCUGGGCAACGCUUUGUCGCCGCCGACCGCAAAACUGGGCAAAAUAAUGAACUUGUGCUCCUCGGGCGCUACGGCAUCGACCACAUCGUUAUCAUCCACGGGUCAGGCGGAGAGGAACGGCGGCACGCCUGAAGGCGGGGGAGGAGGAGGAGGAGGAGGUAGUGGAGGUGGCGGCGGCGGCGGCAGGAACAGCAACAGCAACAACGAGGGACAAUCAGAGACGACCACACACUGUUUUGGUAGCAACGGAGGUGGCGGCAGCCCCGAGGAAGUGUUGAACUCCAACCACAGCCAGCAGAGUGCGGCCAACGGCGGCGGGGGCAGCAAUCCGGCGAGCAGCAGCAACGGACACAGCCACACACAGCAACACAACGAAAAUAACGCAACUAUGCCGCCCGAGACGCGUCCCAAAAUGGUGACGGUCAAGCAUCCGGAAUCGAACAAGCCCAAGCCCACCACCAAGAAAAGCAAGCCCAUCCAGGCGGACCAGGACGUGAUCAAGGCGCUGCAACGCUGCCGCGAUGAGGGCAUUAAGCGACUGGACCUGAGCAAAUCCUCGAUCACGGUGAUACCCAGCACGGUCAAGGAGUGUGUGCACCUCACCGAACUGUAUCUGUACAGCAACAAGAUUGGCCAGCUGCCCGCCGAGAUUGGGUGCCUGGUGAACCUGCGCAAUCUGGCAUUGAACGAGAACUCGCUGACCUCGCUGCCGGAGUCGCUGCAGCACUGCAAGCAGCUGAAGGUGCUGGAUCUGCGGCACAAUAAACUGGCCGAGAUCCCGGCCGUCAUCUAUCGGCUGCGCACCCUCACCACGCUGUAUCUGCGCUUCAAUCGCAUCACCGCCGUGGCCGACGAUCUGCGACAGCUGGUCAACCUGACGAUGCUGAGUCUGCGCGAGAACAAGAUCAGGGAGCUGGGCAGUGCCAUCGGGGCGCUGGUGAAUCUCACCACGCUCGAUGUGUCGCACAAUCACCUGGAGCAUCUGCCGGACGACAUUGGGAACUGUGUGAAUCUGAGUGCCCUCGAUCUGCAGCACAAUGAGCUGCUGGACAUACCCGACAGCAUCGGCAACCUGAAGUCGCUGGUGCGGCUGGGGCUGCGCUACAAUCGACUGAGCAGCGUACCGGCCACGCUGAAGAACUGCAAGAGCAUGGACGAGUUCAAUGUGGAGGGCAAUGGAAUGACACAGCUGCCAGACGGCAUGCUCGCCAGUCUGAGCGGCCUAACCACCAUCACCCUGUCCCGCAAUCAGUUCACCAGCUACCCCACCGGCGGACCGGCGCAGUUCACGAACGUGUACAGCAUCAAUCUGGAGCACAACCGCAUCGACAAGAUACCCUACGGCAUUUUCUCGAGAGCCAAGGGCCUGACCAAGCUGAACAUGAAGGAGAACAUGCUGACGGCCCUGCCCCUGGACAUUGGUACGUGGGUGAACAUGGUGGAGCUGAAUCUGGCCACCAAUGCGCUGCAGAAGCUGCCCGAUGACAUCAUGAACCUGCAGAAUCUGGAGAUACUCAUCCUGUCGAACAACAUGCUCAAGAAGAUCCCCAACACGAUUGGCAAUAUGCGUAAGCUGCGCAUCCUGGACCUGGAGGAGAACCGCAUCGAGACUCUGCCGCACGAGAUUGGGCUGCUGCACGAGCUGCAGCGCCUGAUACUGCAGACCAACCAGAUCACAAUGCUGCCGCGCAGCAUUGGGCACUUGAGCAACCUCACCCAUUUGUCCGUCAGCGAGAAUAACCUGCAGUUUUUGCCCGAGGAGAUUGGGUCGUUGGAGGGACUGGAGAACCUAUAUAUCAAUCAGAAUCCCGGUCUGGAGAAGCUGCCGUUCGAGCUGGCCCUCUGCCAGAACCUCAAGUAUCUCAACAUUGACAAGUGUCCGCUGAGCACCAUUCCGCCCGAAAUCCAGGCUGGUGGUCCGUCCCUGGUGCUGCAGUGGCUCAAGAUGCACUCGCCCUACCGGCAGAUGUGAGAUGUGGACGGCGUCUGGCGCACCGUCUAUGUGGGCAGCGACUGCUAUUACCAGUACGAGCUGCAGGCGGUGCAAAAGGCGCCCGGUGAUACAAAGCCGGUAGCGGGCGACGGCAACGAUCGGCGUUAAUGGUGCGAUUUGAGCGAGUCCUAUUCCCGUACCCGUCCCCCGUUCCUGUCCAGGUUCACGUUCUCCUCCGACCCAAGCAUCCCGAGUAAAACCUACUGGAGUGCGUUGGCCGACAAAAUGAUAGCUUUAACGUGUUAUACCAAUGUCCCGCGUAUUGAAAACAGCCCUGCCCCGUUUUGCUUUUACCUUAUGUUAAACCCACACUUUUAGGUCACAGUUCCCAAGCUGCUUGGACACACCAUAUACACCACACACCACACACAAAUUUAGGUUCUAAUUUAACUUAUGCUUCCAAGCUAGUCAAAAAUAAUUAAUUGAAACGAAAUGAAAGUUAAUUGAAAGCUUUAAAACCUUUUGUUCGAACUUUGGUCUUUGGUUACACGCUCUCACAACCGAGAGGCACAAAAAGCAAAGCAAAAUCUAAUGUUAAAAACAAAACAAAAAAACCUACACAGAAUACGCAAGCGCCAAGGAAUUGUUUGAUGAUGAUGAAGCAGAAGAGAAACAAAAAACAAAAUGAAAUUAAAAAUUAAUAAGAAAUUAUUAAUAUUUAUACAAGUAAAACGUAGCCGAAAAAAUGUAUUGGAACUUUAACACGAUUAUUAAGUAACUUAUGCAAAUAUGUACAGAUAUGUACUAAACAUAAACUACUCAAAUGUAUGUAAUAGGGAUUUGGGUUAAUAUACAAAGACAUGGAGAAGAAUUGCAAUUGCAAAUGCAAAUGCUUCUUUUGUGCGCCCCACGAGGGACAAAUACUAUAUAUAAAAAUGUAUGUGUAUAUCCUAUACAAUAUUCUUUCAAUUGUAAAUGUACGUCAUCGAGAAUACGAUUAUAUAACCAUAUAUAUGUGUGUGUAACUAUUUUAAUAUGUGGCGCCAACAGGCAAGUUAUCGGCCAUCACCACAUAGAUAUAUCCACUAUACAUACAUGUAUAUGUAUGUGACCGACUUGCUGUUGUUUGCUUUUUGUAUGUUAGCCUAAACUUAAAUUAACCAGACAACUUAAUACUAAACCUAUACGUGUUUAAAUGGAGUUAAACUAGCAAAACAGAAAAACAAAAAAAAUGUUGAAUAUAUCUGUAAAACCUUUCAGUAUAGGUGUGCGCAUGAAUACUAUAAAUGAUUCAAUGCAUUUAGUUAUCAUAACUAAAGUGAUUUUGUACUUUGCACAGGACAAAGAGAUAGAUCGUAUCCCUCCCAUUUGCAAAAUAGCCAAAAAAUCGAUUUUAAAAAAUUCAAAACCCGCCUUUUGGUGACACUGCGCACUGUUAUAACUUUCACUUUCGAUAUCCGCUGAAACGAUAGCGAAGAAAAAUGUCUGUAGCUUUGAUUUGAUUAUCUUAGUAAGGCCAGCAGUUGAUCAUUUUUGGAUGUAUUUUAUGAUGUAGUUGUCCCCAUUAUAUUUAUACUUAUAUCCUCUGUGUGACACACUUGCUUGUGGUGGUGUGAAAGUUAAAAAAGUGCGCAAGGUAACCAAAAUGCGGUAUUUGAAUAAAAAAAAAGAUUUUGGAGCUAUGUUUAUUGCAAAUUGUAAGAAUGGCUCACAACCAGGCCUAAAAAUUACAUACCAAAAGUUUUAUUUUGUCGCAACGAUAUCUGUACGGCAGGCAAAGAGUUAAAUGCCACAUAAUUGAUAAGCAUAAAAUACAUAAAUACCAUAUAUUCUCCGCAGAUGGAAACUAUGCUGCUCAUUCGUAAAGUUAACUGAAAAAGUGUUCUGGCAGGAGAAAGCUGAUAAGGUCUCGGGAUACGCACUAAUUAGAGCGCGUGUCGGAGGCCUAAGCAGGUAAUCAUUUCUGGACAUGCUAUAUGGUCCGUCCGACAUAUAAUAUAUCCUGUUUAUGACUGACUUGCUUGUGGGGCCGCUGGACAAAAUACUUUUUUGGAUCAACUUUGAGAGAAAGAUGCAUAGAAGGAAAUCUGUCGAAUUUCCCUUUGCCAUUUCGCACUGGCAAUACAUGCAGACAUUGAAUACCGCUCAAAGCCAACAAAAACACGAUGAUUUAUAUUUUGUAAGACUUAAGCUACAUGUCCUGGAACACUCACACACAAUGAACAAAGAAGUAAGACAUUUUUGAGCUACGCUCCGCUGCAAUGCAACGCAAAAGUGGGCUUUAAUCUUUUAACAAAAUUGUAAAAUCAAUACAUCAACGAAACUAACUUUAACUAUUGUACAUCCAUACAAAUAUAUUUACACAAACAUAUAUACACACAUAAUACAUACACGCAUCAUAUGAUCUAUGUACUUUUACACAUCUAUUUUUGAAAAAAAAAAACAAAUCAAAAACAAAGACAAAGUCAAGUGAAUGCAAAACACACUUGAUAUCUACACAUACUCGUAUGUAUUUAUCCCCAGUAUUCAAUGGGAUAGGAGCAUAGGUAUGUACAUAUAUUUUUCAAACAAACUGUAUGCGGCAGGGUAAACUAAACUGGCAAAAGUAAUUUAAUUACAACAAAUACGAGUAAUAACCAAACAAAACAAAACAAAACGUAUAUUUCCAACGGUACAAAAAUGAAAUCGUAAAUGUAACAGUAAUACAAAUACAAAAAAUACAAAUACAAAUAAAUGUUAAACAAUAUUCGCACCCUGUAAUAAAUACAGAAGAACUUUUCAUAGAAAUGAAUACACAAAACGUUUGUCUUUAAUUUAAAUUUUUUGUUUGUUUUAUAUUACAACGGAAAAAACAUAAAAAUUUGCCACAAUAAAUGUUAAACCAAGUCAAGUUAAUGGAAAACGAAAUGUACAACUACAAAUAUUAUGAUAUUCCUAACAUCAAAUACAUUUAUGGAGUAAAAAUUUGCAAAAAUAAAAGAAACCAAGCUGUUAGCCCAA